AUCCAUACCUGAUUGCACCACUCUUACACGUCUUUCAAGAUCCUCCUCGUCAAAAUGGGCCUGGCUAACACUAACGAGUACUCAAUUCCCUUCGGUAUCGGCCAGUUUGUCUUUGUUCCAAUGGUAGACUUCAACAGCAUCGUACCUUCCGUCUCUUAGAUGUUGUCAAGAACAGGUAGGUCGAGUACGAUCCUUCCCUGGGUGGCAAUCACCCAAGCCAGGGUUUUCUCGGUGUUUACCAUGUCCUCUCCCUUCUCUUCGUCCUGUUCCCCGUCUUUCGCGCCCCCUCUUUCUUCGUCCUUCUCGUUAUCGUUCUCAUAGGGUUCGUUCUCAUAGUACUCUCAUUAUUAUUCUCAUCAUUGUUUUCUACCUCCCCUGUUCUCGCAACCAUGGAGGAUCCACGUGCUCUAGAAAUCAAUAUAUCUUCCCUUAUAGCAAUCAGCACAGCUGCCCUACUGCGCAGAGUUUUACCCUGGCCCCUAUACAAGAUCCCUCCACUGAGCACUUUCCUUGCAAUUGAAGAGGCCCGCACUGAGAGGUAUCAGGAGAAAUUAGCAAGGAUUUGGUUGAGACAGACUGACGAGCGACCUGGCUAUCGAGUUGGGUUGAUUGCUCCUCGCGACAUUGAAUACCAGGCAGCCAUUCGCAUUUUCGAGCCAGAUCCACCCCCUGCCACUUGCUGGCCGCGAUAUGGGGGCCUUGCCCGGUUUAUGGUCGGGUAUGUUGGGCGAUGCAAAGUUAUCAUGGCUGGCUUGAGCGCCGGCCAGCCAUGCGACAGUUCCACUGUGCGGGUAUUGGCACACACGCUGAAGCAGAAUUACGGCGUGCAACAUGCCUUGCUGGUCGGGACGGGAGUAGGGCUUCCCGACCCCACCCCGCAACAGUAUUAUUCUGGGAUUCGCGUGGGAGAUGUGCUUGUGGGGUACAGACAUGCAGGGGGCCAGGGUCCCAUCGUUGCGUAUCGACAUGCGAACCAGAGGUUGACGGGCUAUAUACACGAUGGCGUGCCUGUCACUCUCGAAACAGACCCCACGAUGGUGCGCGCUAUGCAGUGGGUCCAUGAGGAAUGGCGACGGGGACAGAGGGCGGCGUUCAACGAGAAGCUCCAGUCUAUACGAGAGAAUGAGCCUUCUCUUGACUGGCAGGAAACAACGCCGCCAGACACCUUGCUGGCUACAGAGGGGGACGAUUCCAGCGCGAUUGAGCGACCGGAGCGGACUGCCGAAAACCAAACCCGCAUCUGGUACGGGGCCAUUGCAUCGGGAGAUGCCGUAGUCAAUGCCACUCGCGUGCGGGACCGAAUCCGGACGAGGGAUGGGGUGAUCGGGGUGGAAUGUGGAGCCAUCGGCGCCGUCCACAACCUGCGCGCCGGCGUCAUUCGAGGCGUCGCGGGUUACGGCGACAACCGCGACACUCGCGCCUGGCAGGGCAUCGCCGCCUCGGCCGCCGCGGCCUACGCAGCGCUCAUCAUCCAACACCUCUUUCACAUCCACGAUCCCGCGCCACCAGCCUAUAUAGAUAUCUUCUGA